GAAAACUGCAUGUUGUGUCCCCUCUGUUUAACUAGUUUUGUUAUUUAUCUUUUGUGAAAAAGUAUAUAUUUURCCCUGUUUUCUGAACUUAACCGGUGAUAUAGAAUGGAACCGUAUCAGUAUGACUAAACUAAAUCCCCACUGUGCUACACAGAAAUGUUUUGACGGAUAGCUGUGCGAGCUGUGAAUCCACCGCAGUCAGAGUCAUUUGCACAUCCUCCCCACAGCGGGCUUCUGUCGGACAGUCAGAGGAGAAACUCGCUGUUUAGAAAAUGGCCGACAGAUUUUCUAGGUUCAACGAAGAGCGUGAUUUCCAGGGUGGGAAUCACUUUGACCAGUAUGAAGAAGGUCAGUUGGAGCUGGAGCAGGCGUCCCUGGACAAGCCCAUCGAAUCGGAUAACAUCGGGCACCGGCUGCUUCAGAAACAUGGCUGGAAAUCGGGGCAAGGACUUGGCAAAACCAUGCAGGGACGCACCGAUCCUGUGCCCAUUAUCCUUAAAUAUGAUGUCAUGGGGAUGGGCCGCAUGGAGAUGGAGUUGGAUUAUGCAGAGGAUGCCACAGAGAAGAGGAGAGUGCUCGAAGUUGAAAAGGAGGAUACAGAAGAGCUGCGGCAAAAAUACAAAGACCAGGUGGAGAAGGAGAAAGCCAUUGCGAAGGCUCUGGAAGACCUAAGAGCAAAUUUCUACUGUGAACUCUGUGACAAGCAGUACACUAAACACCAGGAGUUUGACAAUCACAUAAACUCUUAUGACCAUGCUCACAAGCAGAGAUUGAAAGAACUGAAGCAGAGAGAGUUUGCUCGUAACGUGUCGUCCCGUUCUCGGAAAGAUGGAAAGAAGCAAGAAAAGAUGUUGCGACGACUGCACGAGCUGGCUGAGCAGAGGAAACAAGACAAACAAAACCGAACUCCUGGGAGUGGACCCAUGUUCAAAACAACCACAGUUGCUGUUGAUGGAGAAAAAGCUGAAGAUUGUGACAGCACGACCUUUGAGAACCCCACUUUGGCAGACGCUACCUUAGAGAGCUCACCUGCAGAGAAAGCUGAGCAGUCUUCUCCAAAGCCCGGUCCAACUAUUAACUUUUCUCUAGGAAAAACCACCUCCUCGUCUCCAACUCCCAGCAGUGGAUCCAAAGUCAGCGUCUCAUUCUCUUUUGCCAAGAAAGCCCCUGUAAAGUUGGAGACGGCAGCUGCUGUGUUUGCUGAUCAUGGUGAGGAGGCAGUGGAGGAGGACGAGAACCAGGAGGGAGAAAAAGCUGCAGGACAAGAGGAGGCACCAGGCUGCAGCACAGAUAGUCCUAAGGGAGUACCCGAAGUCGGUGAAGGAGGAGAGAAAGGUGGCGCAGCCGAAACAGAAGAGGCACAGCAGCCUGACGAUGGUGGCUCAUUAGCCUCCACUCUCAACAAACUGAAGAUGAUGAUGAAGAAAGAGGAAGGGUUUACAGGAAGGGAGCCUCAGUACUAUCAUUACAUACCUCCAGCUCACUGUCGGGUCAAGCCCCACUUCCAGUUUUUGCUCUUCAUGAAGGCGACUGAACAGUGUCCGGGCAAAGAAGAUGAUGAAGAGGAAGAAGUGCAGGAAGAAAAAGAGGCCGAAGAAAGUUCUGAUCAGACAGAGUCUAAAGCUGCCGAGUGUAAAACUGAAAAAGAACAAGUGGAUGAGACAUUAGCUCCUGAGCCAGAGCCGGCUCCUCUGUCACCUAAAGUGAAGCCAGAAGAAAACGUGUCUUCUAGUGGAGUAGACACAGCUUCCACUGUACCCACGUCUCCUACUCACAAAGCAGACAACACUCAGGAUGCAUCAGAUUCAAACACCGGUCCGAAGAUCCCUACCGGACCCUUCUUUCCAGUUUUGAGUAAAGAUGAAAGUACGACCCUACAGUGGCCCACGGAGCUUCUGGAAUUUACAAAAGCUCAACCCUCCCUGUCUUACAGUUGUAAUCCUCUGUACUUUGACUUUAAGCUGUCUAAAAACAGAAGACUUCAUGGUGCGAAAGCCGCAAAAUCCCCCAAGGUUUCAGAAAAUCUUGAUGACAAGGGCCAAAAGGUGGAAGCUUCAACAGCUGAAGCAGAAGCAGCACCUGAACCUGAAACGAGCACCGACAAAGACAAGAGCGAAGUAAAGGUAGAGCCCGGCAAAUCCGAAGGUGCUGAGCAAAAACCUUCAACCGCUGGCAGCGGUGCAAAGAAGAAAAAGAAAAAGAAGAAACACAAGAAGUCUGGAAAGCAUUCGAAGCACAAAGAGAAAGAAAAAACUGCAGCAGAAGCUGCAGGGGAAGCGACAGAGGCCGCGCAGGAAAAACCCAAAAAGAAAAAGAAACACAAACGGAAGAAGAGCAAAAACAAGGUUCAAAAUCAAGACGAGGCAGCUGGUGAUGAAAAGGAAAAGGUUAAGCCAAAGCCAGAAGAUAAAGCUGUUGGCCCCUCAGUUCAGACAGCAGCUGGAGGGGGAGCAGCAGCUGCAGGAGCAGGAGCAGAACCGGGCAAGAGGAAACGUGCAGCAAAGGAAGUGCCUUCCAAGUCUGGAGCCGAGCAAGGGGGGAACGGGAAAAGCAACACCAAGGCCAACCCCUCUGAAGAGCACGGCAGUAACAAGAAACAAAAAACUGACUCCAGCACGUCCCAAAGUGCCUCCUGCUCCACCUCUGCUCAGAAGAGUCCUGGACACGGUAGACCUCCCAGCAGCGACAGUGAAGAAGGCAGCUCCAACAACCAGCACUCACGCCAUCACAAGUCCAGCCCUCGAGAACAGCGGCGCCACCGCAGCGACGAGUCGCGCCGGUCCUGCAGCCGCUCCUCCAGGCGGGGAGAGAGACGAGGGAGCAGUCGUCGGCACCAUCGCGGCCAAACUUCUGGCAGUCGCUCGUAUUCCAGCAGCUCGGAGCYCUCCUCGGCGGGAAGCAGCGCCUACAGCCGCCGCAGCCGCAGCUACUCGGACAGCUACAGCGACUACAGCACGGAGGGCCGCAGGCGACGGCGCUCCAAGCGUUCGUCAGACUCCGAGUACGAGCGCAGGGGCAGUCGAGGACGUCGGCGAUCCAGAAGACACCAGUACACCUCGUCCUCCUCCGAAGACUCCCGCUCACGAUCGCGCAGCUACAGCCGGAGGAAGAGGCAUCGGCGGCGCCACCGCAGCAGCUCGAGAAGUUCCAGCAGCUGGAGCCACAGCACUAGUCGAUCCUGGAGGCGGAGCUACAGCCGAAGCCGGAGCUCGGGCAGCCGCUCGUCCAGUUCGAACAAAGGCUCCCCCCACAGACGAAACCCCCGGGGUCGGGGGGACGGCGACACGCACCGCAGAGACUUCAACCGCUCGCGCAUCUACCGCUCCCAGUCCCCGCGCUCAUCAUUACGAGGCCUUAACCGCAGCGCCCACUCAUCCAGCUCUCAGGCUCUGAGGCCAGGGGGGUCCCGUGACGCAGGGGAACAGAAGAACACGCUCACCGCACGCCAGCUGCUGGAGAAGGUUCAGUCCAAAAAGAGUUCAGAGGAUUCUGCCACAGGAACAAAAUCUGGGAUUAAGAUUAAGGACCCACCACAGGGCUAUUUUGGUCCUAAACUACCCCCGACCCUGGGAAGCAAAGCCAUGUUGCCACUUUUUGGUAAACUGCAGGCAGGAAAGAAACCACUGUUUCCUCUGACAAGACCCGACGAGGGUGAGAAAUCAGGAGCAGGAAAGGGUUCUGAUGCAGAUGGAGAGGUUAUCCUUGUUGAGCCCAUACGGGAGUUCCCUCCUCCGCCACCUCCACCAGCCCCGCCUGUCCAGAGGGUUGAGGAGGCUCCUCAGACAACAGCAGUGCAGGAAGAGACUCRGCAGCACGCCACUGCAGAAGAACAGGUACACCUGGACCCCCAACCGAUGUUUGAACAGGAGCCGUCCAUGAUGAUGCCCCAGUACCAGGGAGAACCAGGGCAGGAUCCCUCCCACAACCCCAUGAUGGAGUCCCUCAUGCCUGAAAUGCAGCAGCAGCCCCAAGUACACGCAUAUCCUACUUACCCACCCCCCAAUCUGGAGGAGGAUGGUAUUGAGGCAGAGGAGGAUGGGCUGGCUCCUUUAGAAAGUCAGCCCAUCACCUUCACACCAGAGGAGAUGGAGAAAUACAGCAAGCUGCAACAGGCUGCACAGCAGCACAUUCAGCAGCAGCUUUUGGCCAAGCAGGUCAAGGCAUUUCCUUCAGCUGCUGCGGCUGCAGCCGCUGCUGCAGCAGCGGCCAACUUGGCCCCGGCCCCCCCUCCACCAGCCCUGCAGCAGAUCCACAUCCAGCAGCCGACCGUCUCUGUCGCUUCAGGCACAUCGAUCACCACUGUGCAGCACGCCAUCCUGCAGCAUCACGCAGCUACGGCUGCAGCGAUGGGUAUCCACCCAGCACAUCCCCACCACCCUCACCCUGCACACGCCCAGUUGGCCCAAGUUCAUCACAUCCCCCAGCACCACCUUACCCCCAUCUCCCUGUCGCCUUUGGCCCCCUCACUUAGUCACUCUUUGGGACACUCGCUGGGCCAUGCAGGACUGAUUCCCGCUCACCCAACAGCCUUCCUGUCUGGUCAGCCCAUUCAUAUCAUCCCUGCUUCUGCCCUUCACCACACACCAUUAGCUCUCCACCACGUCCCACACACAGCUCUGUAUCCCACACUGUUUGCACCCCGCCCCUCCCAGGCUGCCGCCGCUGCAGCCCUUCAACUUCACCCGCUCCUGCAUCCAAUUUUCUCAGGACAGGACCUUCAGCACCCACCUAACCAUGGCUCUUGAGUGAUGAUAGAAGCGAAUUUUGAUAUUUAAAGCAUUCAGACACUGAAUAAAGAAGGGAACUGUCUUGGUUUAAAGAUUUGCAGCAUCAUGAAGGCAGUUGAAUAUGAAGUUUGUAAGAAGAAACACCCACACAUGCAGUUUGUGGUCAGAAAGUGGUGGACCUUCUUUGGGUUUAAAACACUAGAAUUUUCUUCUGGUUCAUGUAGCUUGGUUAGUCCCCCACACCCACCACCCACUCUUCCUAUAAUUUUGAAUACUGGGUGUAGAUGUACAGACUUUCUCUUGGAAUUGACUAUUUCAAUUUACAGUUCAUUGAUAACUUGAUAAAUUACUGGAGAUUCAUUUUAUAAUUUUUAUUUUUUACUUUUUUCCACAACUUUAUCAAAUUUUGACAUAUACAGAGACCCAUAGUAAGUGUGUCAAUAAGCAGAAAUAUGUGGACUAAGUGGUUUUGUUGCAGAAAUGAACAAAUUCGGCUGUGUGCGUUGUGCUGAAUUAAUAACUGGUACAGUUAUUAAUUCAGUCCAUGUUCCCAUCUGACAACCGGUUCCCCUUUUUGAUUCUUAGUCUCAAAAUAAUUGAUGUAACUUGUUCAUACAUCGGUGUGUAAUGUGGAAAUCAAUUACAUGAAACGACAGCGCUGUUGUCCGAAAUGGCAUGACAUCUUAUUAGAAAGUCUCUAAAGCAGGGGAAAUGUGUUGUAGGGAUUUUAACAUCCCUAAUACUCGUUAAGGUGGAGCUCCUCCCUGUUUAAGGUUACAUGUGAAUGAAUUGCACUGAAAUAUGUACAUCGGAAUGAUGCUUUUGCGUCAUGUAACAAUAAGAUUGUAGUAUACUGCAAUAAUUGUAUUUUUGUUUUAAAUUAUUUUCCAAAAGCUCUUCGGAAAGAAGGGCUGCGUUUGGCUUUUGUGUAAUUUUGUAAAUAAAAAUGCUGUAGAUUAACCUUUUAACGUUCUUAAAGGUUGACAGUGCUACUGAGAAACAGUGAAGAUGGAUAGAAGUUGGGCGUACGUGUUUUGUCAAGGUUGGUUCUAAAUCAUCCUUCGCUAAGUCCGACCGGGAUGGCAAAAAAUCUGUCAAAAAGGUAGCGACUGUAUUUUUUAAAAAACAUAACUACGUUUCAGCAAAUAAAAUCUUGACUCCA